GAAUAAUAGUCUGUUUUUUGAUCUAGAUAAUCUAAAAUAAAAUGUAAUUUGGUUGCCUAAAAUAAUAAAAUGACUUCUGAAAUGCGUCAAAAUACUGGUGGUAUAGAGGAAGUAAGAGCAUACAUGGAAUCCAAAAAAAUUCCUCAGCUGUUUGAGAGUUUGAUGACAGCAUUGAUGUACAAAAAACCACCUGAUCACAUUAAGUUUCUCAUAGAGUGUCUUUUAAAAGCUAAAGAUGAUCCUUUUAUAAAGUGGCACUCUUUUUGCGAACCACUUCCUCCCAUUGUGAAGAAAAUUAGUGUUAUUAAAUCUGAAGCUGAUUUACCUGGUGUAAUUAGUAAUAAAUCAUUUAAAAAAGAUGAAAGUCCUUUACCCCCAAUUUCUGAACAAAGGAAACAAAGUAUUGUUAUCAGAGACAGAUUAAGUUUUGGAAAUUCUGGAAGUUCUGGAAGUUCAACUGAUUUUUGGUAUUCAGAAUACACCAACCGUAAAGUAGAUGUUUCAGAAAUUAUAAAAAAACCAGUGAUAUUUGUGUUGGGUGGUCCAGGUAGUGGAAAAGGUACUCAAUGUGCAAAAUUGGCUGUACAAUAUGGUUUUAAACAUUUAUCUGCUGGUGAUUUACUUCGAAAAGAAGUUGAAAAGGGAAGUGAAAUUGGACAAAAAAUUAAUGAAAUAAUGAAAGAAGGACAACUUGUGCCAGAAGAUGUAACCAUAUGUUUGUUGAAGGAAGCUAUGGUGGAGAAUUCAAAAUGUUUAGGUUUUCUAAUAGAUGGAUUUCCGAGAGAGAUACAACAAGGAAAAAAGUUUGAGAGGAUGGUUUGUUUUGCUAAAAUGGUUCUUUAUUUCGAUUGCAAAGAUGAUAUUCUUGUAGAAAGACUGUUAUCACGAGGUGCAACAAGUGGUCGCUUAGAUGAUAAUGAAGCUACAAUUAAAAAAAGAUUGUCACUGUUUCAUGAAAAAACUGAACCUGUUGUUUUAUAUUACAAAGAUAUUGUAGAAAAAAUAUGUGCUGACUGUAGCAUUGAAGAAGUUUUCACUAAUGUGUGUAAUGCCAUUGAUUACAGGAUAUUUAACAAGUUUGACAUUAAAAAACCUGUUAUCUUUGUUUUAGGAGGUCCUGGUUGUGGAAAAGGUACGCAGUGUUCUCUAAUCUCCAAAAAGUUUGAUAUGGCUCACAUUUCAGCAGGUGAUCUUUUGAGACUUGAAGCUGAAAAUGAUACAGAAAUUGGUUUAAUGAUCAAAAAUAUGAUGAAAGAAGGGCAGUUAGUUCCACAGGAAAUCGUAAUUGAUCUCUUAAAAGAAGCAAUAAGAAAAAACCAACAUUCAAAUGGAAUUCUGAUUGAUGGUUUUCCUCGUGAAUAUUCUCAGGGUUUAAAGUUUGAAAUUGAAGUGUGUCCAAGCUCACUAAUUUUGUACUAUGAUUGCCACGAUGAAAUUUUGGUAGAGAGACUUGUUUCUCGUGGUCAGCAAAGUGGUAGAAUAGAUGAUAACAUAGAAACAAUUAAAAAGCGGUUGCAAUUAUUUCACACAAAAACAACGCCAUUGCUAGUUGAUUAUAAAGAUAAAGUUCAAGUUAUUGAUUCCAGUAAAUCUAUUGAGGAAGUUUUUAUUGAAUCAAGUCGAAUUGUAUCAUGUCUCUUGGAUGGAACACUUGAAAUCUUUAAUCCAAAAUAUUCUAACUCUCGAAAAAUACGAAAUAUUGCUACAGAAGAGGUUCUUUCACCUUCAAAGGUUCAGAUUAUAGAAGGUAGUUCUCAAAGAAAACAUUUGUUCAACGAAGACUUGAAAGACAAAUGUGCUAUAUUUGUAAUUGGAGGACCUGGAUGCAGAGAAGAACUAAUUUGUCAAAAUAUUUCUUCAAAAUUUGGAUAUUCUUACAUAUGUAUUGGAGAAUUAUUGAGAAAUGAAGUUUCAUCAGGCAGCAGCAGAGGCUCUAUGUUAAAUGAUGUAAUGAAGACAGGUGAUCUUGUCUCACAGGCUGUAAUUAUUGACUUACUUGAAGAAGCAAUACUAAAAUCAAAUGAAAGUACUUUUUUGAUACAUGGAUUUCCAAGAGAGGUUCAACAAGCCAUUUACUUUGAAGAAAAGUUAUUAAAGCCAAGUCUGGUUUUGUAUUUUUCAUGCAUAACUGAUGAGCAGUCAGAAAAUUUAUCUGUUGGCAAUAACAAUGAAGAUAUAGUUCUUAAAAGAAAAUAUAUAUUUGAAAAUCAAACAAAACAAGUGAUAGAAAAAUAUUCCAGUGAAAGUAUCCUUCAUGAGAUAUCCGCUGUUGGUUCUGCAGAAGCCAUUUUUGAAGAAGUCGUUAAAAGCUUGGAAACGUUUGAAAAGAAAAAAAAUAUGUCAUCUGAACUCGAAGGAAAAAACAUUAUAUUCGUUCUAGGUGGUCCUGGAAGUGGCAAAGGAACUCAAUGUGCAAAAAUUGUUGAAAAAUAUGGUUUUUGUCAUUUAUCAACUGGAGAUUUACUACGCGAAGAAGUAAAAUCUAGUUCAGAAAGAUCAGAGCAAUUGAAAGCCAUCAUGGCUCGUGGUGAGCUUGUAUCCCAGGAAACAAUAUUAGAAAUCUUACGUGAUGCAAUGAUUAGAAACAAGGAUUCUAAAGGCUUUCUUAUUGACGGUUUCCCAAGAGACGUACCGCAAGGGAAAUUAUUUGAAAAAACGGUGGCAAAAUGUAAGUGCGUUUUAUACUUUGAAUGCACCAAUGAUGUUAUGACAGAAAGGCUUUUAGGUAGAGCAGCUACAAGCAAUCGAGUUGAUGACAAUUUGGAAACCAUAAAGUUGCGUUUAAAAACAUUCGAAGAUGCUACUCUGCCAGUUUUAGCAGAAUUCAGUGAUCGUCUUAAAAAGGUCAAUGCGGAGAGAUCUGUUGAUCAAAUAUUCUGUGACGUUUGUAGCGUAUUGGACGGGUUGUAGUUAGCAAUAUAUAUUUUUCAAUGACAGGGUGCAUUUAUGGGGAGCGCGUUUAAUAAUUCAUGUAGAUAAAAAUAAGCACUUUUAUUAAAUAAUUUUAAAAUUAUAAUAGUAUAUUUUUCCGGAUAUUUUUUAAAGCAUGUUUUCUGUAUAAAAUAUAAAUAAAGUCUUUCAGUAAUGUUUAUAUCAAA